AGUUUUAUUCUUGUCUCCUCACCAGCGCCUCUCUUGAUAAUAUCUUCUAAUCUCCAACAACAAUACAAUAUCCAGAUCUUAAUUAGUAAUUUUUACUUCUACCCCAACCCGCCAAAAUGAAGUUCUCCGCUGCCAUCAUGGGUGCUGCCCUCGUCGCCACCGGCGUCUCUGCCGGGAAGGCCAUCGUCAAGAACAACUGCCCUGAGGCCGUCUUCGUCCAGUCGUACCCCUUCGACGGCAGCGCCGCUGGUUCCCUAACCACCGUUAACCCCGGAGAGUCUUUCUCCGAGGACUUCCGUCCUUCCGGCUCGACCGUCAAGAUCGCCACCACCAAGACCCUCAGCAGCCCGCUGUUCUUCGGCUACUCUUUCAGCUCCAACCCCGACUACGCCUACUAUGAAUUCAGCACUGAAUGGGGCAACCCCUUCGCCAACGCGCACAACGUCCUCACCCCUGGCGCCGGCUGCGAGAUCUUCGACUGUGCCGCCGGCCAGGCCGACUGCUACAGCACGCCCGACCACAAGAAGGUGUACGGCUGCCCGCAGCCCGUGGACUUGCAGGCCAGCCUCUGCGCUUAAGUUAGUUAGCUAGGGUCUGACGACACGAGAUCAUCUCGGUUAUUGUCCCUCUCGAACCGGAUAAAUAAGCGAAAGCCAGCCCCCUUGUCUCUAUUUCAUCUUAUCCUCUUACGUAGAGGGCCCCUUAAAAUCAAUACCUAGCUAGCUGUUGUGCCUCUUUCAGUCAAGGAAUCUUUGGAGUACAUAAAAGUCUGUUCGCUAGCUUUUCUGGGAAUUUAGGGUAGAAUAUGCGAUGAAUACAAUAUUGAUAAUAUCAUGUCAA